GCUGGGAUGGACCUCCAUCACUUCCCAGAUUUAGCAGCUGCUGUAAAUGAUAUAAAAGCAAGAGAGAGCACCUACAGAUACAACAGUGAGACAUCACAAGCUCAUCUACAUCAUGAUCUUCACCAUCACCUGCCUUGCCCUGGUGGCCUCUGCUCUGGGUUGUGGAGUGCCACAGAUUAAGCCACAGACGAUUGGCAGCAGGAUUGUGAACGGACAGAAUGCCAUCUCUGGUUCUUGGCCCUGGCAGGUCUCUCUCCAGCUGCCCAACGGAUUCCACUUCUGCGGUGGAUCCCUGAUCAACCAGAACUGGGUUCUCACUGCUGCUCACUGUGGUGUCGUGGUCGGCUAUCAUCGUGUCAUUCUUGGAGAACAUGAUCGUGGCUCCAGUGUUGAACCCAUCCAGGUCAAACUCGUUUCCAAGGUCAUCACCCAUCCGCUCUACAGCAGCACGACAUUCAACAAUGACAUUGCGUUGCUGAAACUUGCGUCUCCAGUUGUCUUCACUCCCCGUAUCUCUCCUGUAUGUCUGGCUCCAUCAACCAUCAACAUCCUGCCUGGAACCCGCUGCUUCACCACUGGAUGGGGCAAAACUGCCACCACAUCGAGUCCUCUGAUCCUGCAGCAAACAGGUCUGCCCAUCACGAGUCCUGCUGUGUGCAGGCAGAUCUGGGGUCAGAGCAGAAUCACUGAUGCCAUGAUCUGUGCUGGAGCCUCUGGAUCCUCAUCUUGCCAGGGUGAUUCUGGUGGUCCUCUGGUGUGUGAGAGUAAAGGGGUCUGGUCUCUGGUGGGGUCUGUGUCCUGGGGCACCAGCACUUGUAACACUCUUUACCCAGUAGUAUACGCUCGCAUCUCCCAACUGCGCUCCUGGAUCGACAAGACUAUCGCUUCCAACUAGUGCGCCAGUCUGAGCAUUUACCCUUCAUAGGAGGCAAAAGCAGAUUUUACUCAUUAAUCUGUAUUGCAGUUGGUCCUUGUUGAUGGUCUUUUUGUUUCUGACUUUUGGUCUUGUGUCAGUCUGGGCUCCAGUGACCUGUCUGUUAUGUUACUGUUUUGUUUUUGCUUCAUGUUACAUGUUACAGUUUUAUACAAAUAAUGACAAAUUUUCAAUAAAAUGAAAUGAAUACAAUAAAUUGUAAUGAGGAGUGUGUCUGAACUUAAAACAUAAGUUACCAUAAUCCACAUACAGUACUGCAAACAAAAUGAAAUGUUUGCCUUUAAAAGAAGUAGUUUUAAAAUAUAUAUUUAAAUUUUUAAACAGUGUUCCACUUUCACAGGAACAAAUGACAGACAACAGUGUUGCAAUAUUUGGGUUAUCAGAUGUUCUCACCUUUACAGACAAAUUAUUUGCCAAAGGUUAUGAAAUGCAGAUGAUGUUCUCUCACCACCAAACAUACAGGCAUGAGGACUGAUAAAGCCACAAAAAUUCCAUCUGAUCACAUGUUGAAAAUUUCUUUGGUAUUCACUUUUGUAGACAUGCCAAGAUGAUACAGAUCAAUCUGUUUAAUUUCUCUAUCCAUGGUGCUGAAACCUGUGUGAUGUCUUCUUUCAGAAGCCAAAGAGGUCCAGAUACAAACUGGAGAGAAACCUGUUGAAAAGGUUCCAUUAGAAUGUGACAAACUCUGAUGUUCCAUAUUCUUAUUCAAUCACUAAAAUUUCAGUCACAGCACAAGUCAUGUUCUCUUAUGUAAUGCUAAAUAAUUCUGAUUGCUAACAGAUUUAGCUGCACUUUUAUGAGCUCUACUUUUAUGACUGUCUGUUAAUCUACUGUAAGUGGAUGACUUUGUAAUACUCUGUUUUUCAGAUUUAUAAAAUUAGCUUAUGACAUAGUGUAUCGUCAUUUAUAAAUGACAAAGAUAAAACUGCAUUUCAAAUACAAUAAUAAUAUUCUACCAAAAAAAAAAAAAAAAACA